AUGCCUGGUAUGCCGACGGACGGUGGCGGCGCUAUCGUACCUUUUACAGGGGAGCCUGGCCAAGGGGCGCCACCGGUGCGGCCAAUCCGCCACGGCGUGGCGCCGCCCAUCUUCCGCACCUACGUCUCCUGGUCCAGCGGCAACCUUCUGCAGGUCGCGUGCCUCCGCCCGCCGAAUUCGGAAGGUGGCGGCGGCACGGUGGAGGUCGUUGGGAGUGUGGUGGAGGUGAAUCUCGGAGACGGUGGCAGCGGUGGCUCGGAGGCCGAGGAGAAAAUUGACGAGGCGGAGAUGCGGCGGAUCGAGUACGGGUCGGUGCCGGCCUUCGCGCUGCUGCAGAGCAGGAAGAACUCCCUCGCAGAUGCUGCUACUAUGUCGCACGUGCCCUCAGUCCCCGAUCAUGAAGAAUGGUGGCAAUAUGUGCUUGAGUACAGCAAAACCAUUGGCAAUCUCCUUGGGAACCCAGACCCUCCUGUUUUCAUGAUUGAAGACCCCAUGACAAUUCUUAAGUUUAGGGAGAAACCGACAAGUUUAAGGGCUGCUUGGGAGUUGUUGGAGAUAUUCUAUGUUGAUAAACAUUUGCAAGGCUGGCUUCCUGAGCGUCUUGUUGAUUGGUUAGCCGAUUUUGACAGCCUGUUGUCAACGAUGGUGAGCACGGUGUACUCUAAGCUCAGCAAUUUCCAGAAAAAACUCAUUAACUUGCAGAUUGUUGAAGAUGAUCCUGAUUACUGGAAUGGUUUGUCAGCAGCACUUUCAGUUGGAUGGCUUGAUAUUGUUGUGAAUAUGCUACGGUUUCAUGGAUCGUACCAAUUAGAUCAGAUGGAUAACCGUGAGACAGAAAAUGGAUUGGUCGAGGCUGUUGCUGUUCUUGUAUCAACGAUGCCCCGCUUGAGACCAAAUUUGCCAACUGGUAAAUUAGGCCAGUGCUGCAAAACAAGACCUGAUUUUAUCAAGGCAUGGGAAAAGUGGCGAGGUCAAGUAACUAAACUGGAGUGCAGUGCAUUUUGGAUCCAGUGCGGCCACCAAAAAACCCGUGAUGGUUUGAAGAAUUUGCUUCAUAUUAUGAUGGGGAACGUAAACAAACUCACUGACGCUACUUCCCAUUGGCUGGAGCUGUUUGCUUCUCAUUUUCUUUACAUAAAACCAUUUACAGUGGGUUUUGAAGGGAUGCACCAUUUAGCACAGAAAUGCAUACAGCUUAAGCCAUCCUCUGGCACUAAUGGAUUAACAGGCCUCAUUCUUGGUGUCCUUUCAGAAAAUACAGAGGUUGUCUUGGCAGAAUGCACAAAAAAUUUUGGCCCUUGGCUGGUCACACAUGCUAUGGAACUUCUGACAGCUGAUAAUGACUAUGCGGAUGUUAUGUUGCAUGAAGAGCGACCUAACUUAGGUGGUAUAAGCAUAGAGGAACUGCACCGGCUAGUCUAUGCUCAAGUUUUAUGUUCUCAUUCUUUAACUUGGCAGAUUGCGCCUACUUAUCUGUCCUCAUGUCUAAACCAAGGCCUAGGACUCUUGGAGAUUCUACUUCUCAAGCAACCCAUACAAGAUAAUUGCCUAGUACUCAAGACUUUGGAAAUUUGCCGAUUGUACGAACUGGAGAAUGUUAGUACAAUCAUCAUGAAGAUUGCUGGCAUUUAUCAUUGGAAGCAUGGACGAAAAGGAACUGGUGUAUACUGGUUCCAGCAAGCUCAUGAUAAAGUUUGUCUUGACAGAAUUGCUCAACAGUUGUUCGAACACAUUGGGAAGUCAGUGACAGAUGAUAGCUUUAAGCAAUGGGAAGGGCUGCUCGAGCUCCUUGGUUCUGACAUUGGUAGUGCGGGCGGUCUUGAGUUCCUUCACAGGUACCGGGAUUUCAAGAAGUCUCUGCAACAAGCUCUAGACAGAAGGUGUGGUGCUCGGCAAACUGUGGAUUUUUUAAUACAGCUUAUGAAAAACCCAUCCACACCGCAACGUUUCUGGCUACCCCUUCUACAUGACUCGGUGGAGCUACUUAAUAGCAAACUCAGCCCUCUUAUGAAUGUUGCUGAGACGACAUUGUUGCUCAACAAGCUGCAAGAGCUGUCAAUGGCCAAGCUGCGCCCUGAUUUUUCCAGUAAUCACCUACCAAGCCAUGCGAUAAGCUCUGUGAGAUUGGCUCUGGCAUCAAAUCUGGCACGUGCCAUUCUUGGAGACCCGUAG